GUUACAGAAAACAGAUCAGACCUUGAAGAUUUACAUCUUUAUGCAACUCCUCGGGAGCAACGGUUUCGUAGGUUUGCCAGUUUAGAAUUUGAAGGACAGCUAUAUAUGACUCCAUAUGACUUCAUUCAGGCUGUCACAAAUGAUGAACCCAAACGUGCUAAAAAGUGGCGAUCCCUUUCAAAGCAGGAACUGAAUCAGAUCCUUAUGGAGACACCACCAGUUUGGAAAGGAUCAUCCAAACUUUUCCGUAAUCUUAAUGAGAAAGGUGUGAUAUCUUACACAGAAUAUUUAUUCCUCUUAUGUAUUUUAACAAAGCCGCAUGCAGGUUUUAGAAUUGCUUUCAACAUGUUUGAUACUGAUGGCAAUGAGAUGGUGGACAAAAAGGAAUUCUUAGUGCUACAAGAGAUUUUCAGGAAAAAAAAUGAGAAGAGAGAAAGAAAAGGAGAUGAAGAAAAACGUGCAAUGCUGCGUCUUCAACUUUAUGGAUAUCAUACUUCUACUAACAGUGUUCUUAAAACAGAAGGAGAGGACGUUGUCCCCAGAAGCUAUUGGGAUACUUUGAGACGUAGCACAAGCCAAGCACUCUUUUCGGACCUUGCGGAGCGUGCUGAUGAUAUUUCAAGUUCACUGUCAGAUACUACACUGCUUGUACACUUUUUCGGCAAGAAAGGAAAAGCUGAACUGAACUUUGAAGAUUUUUAUAGAUUUAUGGAUAACCUACAAACUGAAGUUCUAGAGAUAGAAUUCCUUUCCUACUCUAACGGGAUGAAUACCAUCAGUGAGGAAGACUUUGCCCAUAUUCUUCUGAGGUAUACAAAUGUGGAAAAUACAUCAAGUUACCUGGAAAACAUGCGCUGCAGGAUUCCUGAAGAAAAG